GGCUGGCUCUGCUGUCAGUCAGAACAGUGCUUGGCCGUUCAGUGUUCCGCUGUCUCGGGAUCAGAGGACGCAAAUCAAGUGAAACAAAUCUCCUGACAGGAGAAAAGUUCAUGCUGGAGUUUUCAAAGAUCGUAGAGGGACAUAUGAAGUCCAAGCUCAAUAUGGAGAGUUUGACCAAGCCAGAGUUGCUGAUGCUUUUCAGUAUCCUGGAGGGCGAGCUGGAGGCCCGGGACCUGGUCAUUGAUGCCCUAAAGGCCCAGCGUAAAGAGCUGUUUAUCCAGGAGCGCUAUGGCAGGUACAACCUCAGCGACCCCUUCCUUGCCUUGCAGAGAGACAGUGAGGCUGUUGGGGGCCAGAACAAGGACCUAGGUUGUUCUUCCCCCACCUCUAACCCCCUGGUGGUUCUCAAACUGGUGGUGAGCCACUGUAGGAGGAUGCAGGAGAAGAUGUUGGCCCAGCUGGCUGCAGCAGAGAGCAGGCAUAGAAGGGUCAUUGCAGAUCUGGAAGAGGAAAGGAGGAGGCAUGCAGAGGACACAGCAGAGGGAGAUGAUGUCACCUACAUCCUGGAGAAGGAGAGGGAGCGCUUACAACAACAGCUGGACUUUGAGAGGAGCCAGGUUCGACGGCUAGAAAAAGAACAGCGGCGGAUCACUGAGCAGCUAGAAGAAGAACGAGCUCAGCACAAACAGCUCUCCUGCGCUUUGGCCAAAGAGUGCAAGUGGGCAAGUGCCAGAGCUCUGGAGGAGGGUCACCGGCUGACUGAGCAGGGCCGCAAGCUCGACAAGGAGAAGGAGGCUUGUCAGGCCCUGAGAAAGGAGCUGGAGGAAGAGAGGAGGAGAACUCUGAGAAUGGAGGCGAGGGUGGAGGAGCAGCUGGCUGAGUUUGACACGGAGCGAGAGCAGCUCCGCUCACGUCUGAAGAAGGAGGAAGCUCACUGCUUUCAGCUACAACAACAGGUAGAAGAGCUGGAGAGGAAGUUGGAAGAGGCAAAUAUGAUGAGAGAUGUUAGGGGUGUAGUUACAGCUCCAAUGGAGGCAUGUGAAAAGGAGUGGGCCACGAAAGUUUCUCCAGGAAAAACAGCAGUAGACACUAUUAAGGUCGAGGACAUUGAAGAAGACAGAAACCAGCAACCCGUGCAGCCAAAAGUCAACGGACACCACUGUCCGAUGGAGACCAAUGGGCACCAUGCUGCAAACAGUCCCCUCUCAGAGAAGAUCUGUCUACAGAAUGGGAAUGAAAAUUCUCCAGUUCAUCAGACCCAGACACCAUCCUCUUCCUGCAGUGUCCCUCCCUCCACUCUCCCUCCUUCUUCCCCCUGUGCCUCGCCUGUCCUUGCCAAACGCCCACCAGGCAGCCCGAGCCCUGGUAGCUACCACUCUCCCUACCAGGCCGGAAUCAACCAGCGCUUCCACGCUGCUCGUCAUAAGUUCCAGGGUACCGCUGAACCAGACCCUCAGUCACAGGCUGCACCGACUCCCCUCUCGCCCAAGGACAUCUCCCCUGUGACCAGCAGCUCCUCCCUAGAAAGCAGCCCAGUCAAGCAGAUAGCGCGGAGCACAGUCACUCAAGUCCUGUCUCGCUUUACCACCGUCCAGCAGAGUGCCACAGCGAAGCUCACAGCACCUAACAAUUCACCAUUCGGUACAGACUACCGCAACUUGGCAGCACCCUUGUCGCCGGUCAUUGGAAGGGCUGCAGGAGCACUGCCACAAGGGAUCAGAUCACCCACCAUCCCCAGGGCAGACAGGGGCAACCCUCCACCCAUCCCUCCAAAAAAGCCUGGUCUGGCCCAGGCCCCUCCUUCCCCGGCCACAGUACCCAGGUCUACCAGCCAUUUCUCAGACAGCCCGCUCUCAGGCAGCUGUGGCCUCACCUCGAGCCAAGAUGGAGUCAAAGAACUGGACGUGGUGGUUUCUUCUAAUUAACUGACCAUCAAACUAGUUAUAAUGAGCUGCUGCUCUGCUUGUGAUAUAGUGGUUUAGUCCACAUUUUCUAAUUAUAAUUGGAGUUUUGUACAUUGUUUUGUACGUGACAGGAUUUAUGUCCUUUGCUUAUUUGAACAGAGGUCCCAUCAAACACUGUUAUUUAUUAGAUUUAGGAAAAAAUGUGUGCUCUGUCACUAUUUUUGGUAGUGUUUCAGGGGAUGGUGCUAAUGAACAGUUACAACUGAUAGUUUUAGUUUCGAAUGUGCCAACACUGUAUGUUCGGCCACCAUACGGUUACAUAAUUUUAAAAUCUUUAUUAUUGUUUAUUUCCAAAGAACACAAAUCAGUUUAGUAAAUAAUAAAAUUUGGAAAAAAUGCUACGAGUAGUUCUUAGACCAGUGUAUGUUAAAUUGUCUCAUUUCAGUGUGCACUCGAUAUAUACGUAGCUGUCAUUUUGAUAAAAAUGCAUAGUUCAUUUUAUAAAUGUUCCUUAGUUAAUAAUGUAUGAUAGUUUUACACAAGCCUAAUCCAGUCAGUGUCAUACUGAGCUUUGUUCAUGUACUACUUUAAUGAUGCAUAGUUAAUCUCAGAGGCUUGGAUUAUAUGCAGACACCAUUGUAAAAUAAGUUUUUUAAGAUUACUGGUUCUGAUGAAAGUUAUGCCUUUGUUGUGUAUAAGAAACAUUAGUAAACAUACAAGUAUUUCAUAAUCAACCACAGCUUUGAUUAAUAUUGUAACACAAACGCUGUGUUGUUAUCUCUGUUUUUAUCAGAUUUUUUACAGUAAUGUAUAGCUGGAAAGUGACAGAUUUAAUAAAUUAAUCCCAAAGAU